AUGGCAGAAGCAGUCUUGAUUGAUCUAUUUUGUUUGAAAUGGAACUCUCAGAAAAACCAUCAGAAGUUACUGAAAGCUUUGGAUGCUGUUCGAUACCAUCGUGCAGCCAAUACCAAGUUCUUUUGCAUAAUGUGUUGCAAUGACAUCGGUAGCGAAAAUGAUGGUGAGCAUAAUUGUGAGCUGGAAGUAAACCAUGAGUUAUCUGCUCUCUUGAGAGAAUUUGAGACUGUUAGCAGUGCCAGCACAGUUGCCUGUCUGUAUACCAUUAAACAGAAAAUUGAUGAAAAUAACUUGAGCAGCAUUAAGGUAAUUGUACCAGUGCACAGGAAGACAUUAAUGAAGGCUUUUAUUGAUCAGCUCUUCACUGAUGUUUAUAGUUUUGAGUUUGAAGAUUUACAGAUGGCUUUGUGGGGAGGUCUCUUGAAACAACCUACCGGAAGAAACGCUACCACUCAAGACGUGGAAGAAAUCCAGAAUGAAAUAAAAACAUAUUUGAGAAGUCUGCCCUCACUGAGAGGAGAAUUAACCAUUAUCACAUCACCUUUGAUUCCAGACAUUUUCUUACACGGAUUUACUACACGAGCAGGUGGAAUAUCUUAUGUACCAACUCUCAGCUCAUUAAAUCUCUUCAGUAGUUCCAAACGGAGAGAUCCCAAGGCUGUAGUUCAGGAAAAUCUGCGUAGGUUGGCGCAUGCUGCAGGAUUUAAUGCAGAGAAAUUUUAUCGAAUAAAGACUGAUCAUGCCAGUGACGUGUGGAUUAUGGGAAGGAAGGAGCCUGAAUCUUACGAUGGAAUAAUCACAAAUCAGAGAGGGGUCACAAUAGCGGCUCUUGGUGCUGACUGCCUACCAAUAGUUUUUGCAGACCCUGUCAAAAAAGCAUGUGGGGUUGCUCACUCUGGUUGGAAAGGUACUUUGCUAGGUGUUGCUAUGGCUACAGUGAAUGCUAUGGUAGCAGAAUAUGGCUGUAGUCUGGAAGACAUUAUUGUUGUACUUGGUCCUUCAGUGGGAUCUUGCUGUUUUACUCUCCCAAGGGAAUCAGCAAAGGCAUUUCACAAUCUUGAUCCCAAAUGUGUACGACUACUUGACUCACCAGAUCCUUAUAUUGACAUCAGUAAAGCCACCAGGGUUCUUCUAGAACGAGGAGGAAUUCUUCCACAGAAUAUUCAGGAUCAGAACGAGGAACUCAACCUGUGCACAUCCUGCCACCCCAACAAGUUUUUCUCCCAUGUUCGAGAUGGCCUUAAUUUUGGUACACAGGUUGGCUUCAUAUCCAUCAAAGAAUGA